AUGGCCGCGUCGGGCGCUCUUUCACAACUUCAGGAUCUUCCAGAAGCGCUGAUAUUCGAGAUAUGCGAACAUCUGGACAUCUUCUCGCUCGUCUCUCUCUCCGAGGUGGAUAGAUUCUUCUACAAACUCGCCAACGAGAGGCCCUCGUUCUGGAUAUACACUCUCACACACUCCGGACUACUUCUUCCUCUGUACUCCUUCCGGUCACUUCCUUCCUUCUCGGCACGGGAGUUGUACAUCGCAGCGCAUAGAGCCGUCUUGACUGAACGGAAUCUCUCUUCUCAAAAUCCAAAGUUACUUUCUUACCGCUACAUUCCCUGGCCAUACGACCCCGCACCUGGUGUGUCCCUUGCGGCUGGGGCCUGGGAGAUGCCUGAAGAGGCCGUCCGUAUGCACCUGUCGCACUAUAACGGUGAAUGGAUGUUUACAGUGUCGUCAAACAAUAUCCUGCGCAUCCUUCAUCUCCGAUCGGGCAAGGUAGGGCUGAUGUACGAUCAGGAUCGGUACGAAGGCGGGAUGGACGACGUUUCACGUGUCUCUUGGGCGGUCGAGUUUAGAGAGACAGACCAUGCGUAUAUGGUCAUGAACUGUUAUCUGCAAGGGGAGACAGGGCCAGAACCCUCUGUACGACUCCUGAAUGUUCGGUUCUUUCCGGAGACAGCCCUCGCCACCGUGGAGACGAUCUCCACGUAUAGUACCCCAAUCAUGACGAGCCAUCUGGACCUGGCUGGCGGUUACAUAGUGGCAACAAUACCAAGAACAGACAACGAAUAUUUGGGAGACGUUCACAUGAUUCGAAUGCGUGAUAUGAAACCCAUGGUCCUUCCACCUUUAUAUCCUGCAUUAAGAAUUGCAGCGUUUGAGGAAUACUUCCUCUCGACGGCCAUCAGCCCGACGAAUCAAGUUUACGUACAAGUAGUAGGGUAUCCUCACUACGUCCAGGAAAAAGAAGAGUCUGAGCCUCUGUUCUCUCUUCGCUCAUAUCAUAUUCCCUACCGUGGUCCGAUUUUCGACCGCGGAACUCCUUUUGGAUGUCAGACCUGUCACUUUUACACUGGGCAGCAGUACAGCCCCAUCAAGUUCUGGAUACGCCCCGGUCGUAGUGGGUCCUGGCAAGUUUUCACACUCAAUCUGGAUGUGAAAGGCCUGCGCUCGAUGGCUAGUCGAGUGGCCACGGGUAGGGCAGGCCAAGAGGAGACGCUUACCAAAACAUACUGGAUCAUGCAAGAGGACUCCCGUAUCCUUGAAGAAAAAGGGCUGCACCACUGGUGUAUACCGGCCAUGUCUGGCCGGCGAUAUCUAUGGUGGCGAAAUGUCCUCAACACAUUGCCAUCGAGCACUCCUUCCCCUGAAGUUGCUACGAAUGGGGAGAUAGAGGCAUAUGGAGAACAUGAGGAUACCCCAAAUGAGGAAACAGAGGUCGAGAUAGAGACGUUUCAACUCUUUACAGCCGUCACCGACCAUUUGGCGACGCCAAACGAGGUAUACGCACAAUACAAGUCCCAAAACUAUGAAGUCGACCUGACAACCGUUGAGAGUGGGGAUGAGGACUCUGCAGGGACGAGGCAGCUAAGAAGUGCACGCAAGUUGGAGAUUCCACGAGGGCUAUCAUGCAGGACGUCGAGUAUAUACAUGUUUCUGAUGGAAGAAUGGAGCGGGACGGUACUGGUCCAGAUGUACUCUGGAGAUCUGUGGGUACUGCGUUACGGGAAGCGAUAG